AUGAAUCUAUCACCAUCGAAACUAAAUUCAAAAUCAAAUGAAUUAGAAACAGUCAAUGAAGAAUCCACUAUAAAAGAUACCAAUACAAAUGAUGUAAUGAAUCAAGAAAGAAAUUCUAGAUUAGAUUUAUUAUCAAAAGCUAAAGGUGUUAAAAGAUUAUCAUUGAUAAAACAUUUAAUCACUGCACAAUCUCAACCACAAACUCCAGCCAGUUGUCCCAAUCGUUCACCAUUAUCCUGUUUCAACACUUCCAUCAAUGGUCCAACAUCAGCAGUAGAAACAAAUAAAAUAUUUUCUUUUCGAGAAGUUAAUCAUCCAACAAGUGUUAUCACUAGUAGGAAGAUCAGUCAAAACAUUCAAUCAUCAUCAUCAGCAGCAGCAUCCUCUCUGACAUCUUUGACAAAUACUAGUCGACCACCAUUGUCACUAUUAGGUAUUCUGGCUGCUAAACGAAUCACACGGAAAUUUCUAUCGACAUUGGCUGAUGAGAAACAUCAAAGACGUCUGAGUACAUUCAGUAGACUAUUUAUAAAUGUUAACAAUGAUGGAUUAGUUACUGAGUAUGUUACUAUGGAAUAUUUGAUUGAUCACUAA